UUUAGUUUGGCUCUUGGCACUGUUGUUCCGGGAUAAGAGCAACCUAGAAGAUUGAGCCAUGGACCUGGUGCUGGACGUUGCUGACCAUUACGUCCUCACCCCCUAUGUGUACCCGGCAUCAUGGCCAGAGGACGGGGCCCUGCGGCAGAUCAUCAGCCUGCUGGUUCUCACCAACCUCGGGGCUGCAGUCCUCUACCUGGGCCUGGGAGCCAUCAGCUACUACUUUAUCUUCGACCACAGUCUGAUGAAACACCCACAUUUCUUGGAGAAUCAGGUACAGAGGGAAAUCAAAUAUGCCAUGACCUCCCUCCCCGUGAUCAGUAUCCCCACUGUGGCCUUGUUCUUCGCCGAAGUUCGAGGAUACAGCAAGCUGUACGACAAUGUCAGUGACCUGCCACUCGGCUGGGCGGGACUUUUCCUGAGCAUGAUCUCCUUCCUGUUUUUCACCGACAUGUGCAUCUACUGGAUUCACCGGAUCCUCCACCACAAGCUUAUUUAUAAGCUGUUCCACAAACCGCACCACAUCUGGAAGAUCCCCACUCCCUUCGCCAGCCACGCCUUCCACCCGGUGGAUGGCUUCAUGCAGGGCCUGCCGUACCACAUCUACCCCUUCCUCUUCCCCCUCCACAAGGUGCUCUACUUGCUCCUGUACGUGUUCGUCAACAUCUGGACCAUCUCCAUCCACGACGGCGACUACCGCGUCCCCGCCGCCCUCACCGACGUCGUCAACGGCUCGGCCCACCACACCGACCACCACCUGUUUUUCGACUACAACUACGGCCAGUACUUCACCCUGUGGGACCGCCUGGGGGGCUCCUACAGGCACCCGUCGGCGCUGAUGGGGAAGGGUCCCCACGAUCAGAUCAGGAAGCUUCAGGCAGAGGGAAAGCUGAAGGCCAAAGGGCAAGCCAACGGACACGCCGAGAGGGGAGUCACAUGUAAGGAGGAGUAAGGCUCGGUUCUGGUUAAUUUCUCAAAGCGAUCAUUAUUUUUUAUAAAGACUGCGCUGCUGACAAACGUACGGGAGAAGAGUUUGUGUACUUGCCAAAUGAGCAAUCGUGCAAUUUGAAAUUCAGCGCGUGCUGGACGGCCGGCCGUGGAUUGAUAUCGUUAGAGCCAAGCUUUGGAGAUAGCAACAUGCUCUCACGUAGCCAAUAGAUAAGGAGCAGGCUGAUAUCUCCAGCUGGAGUUAUUGUUUGCAUCGCGCUGGAGGAGUUAAGUGCUUUCAGAUAACCAGGAAACAACACGGCCAAGAGACUCGAGGAGCAGCAGCAAGCCACGGCCACAUAUUGAAGAUUUAAGCUUCCACUGCUUAUUUCAAUGUGUCAGUCCAACCCAAAAAUCAUCUUGAACUCUUCUUAGUGCGUAAGAUGGACUUUUCCUGGGGGAAAAAAAAAUAACCUAACCUUUAGUUUCUUUACAUUCCUUCCAAAAUACAUAAUGGUAAGUUAAAAGAAGUCACAAAAUACAUGAUUAACCCUUGUAGGGCGUUCAUUGAAACACCUGAAAAUUUGAAGAGUGACCUUGGUAUUGGAGAAUAUUUUAAAAGUGUUUCACUUCAGUCGCUCGUUAAAGACAAAAAACAGUCACGUCAUUUGUGUUUGAUGAAAAGUUGAAUAAAAUCACACAUAAUUCAUCUCUUUUCUUCAGCGUGCAAGUUAAAAAUCAAUUUUAAUGAGUGAGUAUUCAGUGAAAAUCUGAAUUAUUCACUUGCUUUGCACACAUCCUGUUCCUGCAAUCCACAGUGCAUCAGCUUUCAUGUGCAGUUUUUAACAUUCAAGAAUCAAAAUGUAGCACUGAAUACCUUCAAGAAAUCUUACAGCAAAUGCACACUACCUACAUUUUCAAGCCACAGAUGGAGAAAUACAGUGAGUUUGACUUUUACAUCUUCACACCUGAUUAUUUUUUAUAUAAAUGGCAUUGGUUUAUUUUUUGUAAUAAAUAUCCUUCAGUAAAAACUAGGUUUUCCAACAAGUGCCUUAAAAUGGCUCAGCGAGACUUUGUUUUCUUAAUUGUAGUCUUUACUGGUUCUCAUAAAGCUUGUAAAUACUUAUGAAAAAAUAUGAAUAAACCUGGCGCAUAA